UCAGCGCAUUUUAGCCCCCAAAACCCUACACUCUGCUACUGGAUUGGCGGCUGCUGGAGAGAUACGGAUCGAGGAAUGUUCGUCAAUGUAUAGAGAGAGAAAGUAGGGAGAGAGAUGGGCACUACGUUCCUCUCUCCACCAGCAAAACGUUCAAUCUACACCGCCACCGAAAUGUCCGACCCAACCGCCACCGUCAACGGUGGCGCUUCCUCCAAACGCUCAAAACCACCGCAGCUACCCCUCUCAGUCCCCUCCGGUCACGUGGCCUUCCGCGUUCUCUGCCAUGCGUCUUGUGUCGGCGGCGUCAUUGGAAAGUCCGGCACCAUCAUCAAACAACUCCAACUCGUCACCAACUCUAAGAUCCGAGUCGAAGACUCGCUCGACGACCACCGAGUCAUUGUCGUCGUGGGUUCCUCAUCAAUUUCAAAGAAAAUCACGCUUAAUGCCACUGGAGAGAUUAAAGAAGAUGAAAACGGUGGCGAUGGUGAGAACAUUGUGGAGGUUUCACCGGCACAAGAGGCGGUGAUUAGGGUUUUUGAGAGAAUAAUUAAGGUUGCGGCGGAGAGCGAUGGAGUGUCGGUGGCCGAUGGAGGAUUGGUGUCUGUGAGGUUGUUGACGGAGACGAGUCAGGCGGGUUCGGUGAUUGGAAAAGGAGGGAAAGUUAUUGAGAAGAUUAGGAAAGACACUGGGUGUAAACUUAAGAUCUUGAGCUCUGAAAAGUUGCCGGCUUGUGCCUUGCCUACCGACGAAAUGGUGGAGAUAGAGGGCGAUAUUCUGUCUGUUAAGAAAGCUCUUGCUGCUGUCUCUUGUCGUCUGCAAGAUUGUCCACCAGUUGACAAAUCAAGGAUGAUCAGAAGCAGAAAUUUUGAGGCAGUUCCCUGGGAGCCUGAUUCACACAUGGAUUUUCCUCUGCCUCGGAGUUCAAUGCUUCAACCUGUGCCAACCAGCUCUAUCAACUAUGCCUCAGGAGGUCAUCCUUUAUCAUCAGAGGCUGACAGGGUUCCGACCAUGGACUCAAGAACGUCACAGCAAGAGGUGGUUUUCAGGAUCCUUUGCUCCAACGACAAGGUAGGAGGUGUUAUUGGCAAGGGAGGGUCCAUUGUCAGAGCUCUUCAAAGUGAAACAGGUGCUUUGAUAAGUGUUGGAGCUUCUCCGCCUGAUUGCGAUGAACGAUUAAUAACUAUUACUGCAAAAGAGAAUGCAGAAUCAGGGUACUCACCUGCACAAAAUGCUGUCAAUCUUGUUUUCAGUAGAUCUGUAGAGGCUGGCAUUGAGAAGGGACUAGAUUCGGGAGUAAAGGGAUCACCUGUUUCUGCACGACUAGUUGUCCCAUCAAACCAAGUUGGUUGUUUGUUGGGAAAAGGAGGCACAAUAAUUUCAGAGAUGAGGAAGGUGACUGGUGCUGGCUUACGGAUUAUUGGAGGUGACCAAGUCCCAAAGUGUGCUUCGGAAAACGAUGAAGUUGUUCAGAUAACUGGCGAGUUUGUAAAUGUACAAAGUGCUUUGUAUAAUGUCACUGGUAGGCUGCGGGAUAACCUCUUUCCUGGUAAAAUGUUGAAUGGUCCUGGAACAAUAAGCAGUUCUUCGGUGAUAAGCGAGUUCAGCCCCUACGGUAGAGUAAGGGAUCCUCCUUCUCUUGGGUUUCAUCCAUCUGUUGGUGUCUCUCAUAGUCUUGAUCGACACGGUACUUUGACUCAGAGUAUGGAUCAUCUUGGACUGACACACAAUUUAGAUCGUCCCCCAUCACCAAGGUUAUGGGCUUCGCAGGCUGUAGCUGCAGUAAAUCCAAGGGAUGCCGGGGAUGUAGGCAGAAGAUUAACUUCCAUCAAAGGGGGAGUGGAACUUGGAAGUGGAAACCGAUCUGCUAUUGUAACAAAUACAACAGUGGAAAUUGUGGUUCCUGAAAAUGUUAUUGGCUCCGUCUAUGGAGAGAAUGGUAGCAAUCUGGCUCGUCUAAGACAGAUUUCUGGUGCAAAGGUCAUUGUGCACAAACCUCGUCGUGGAACAACCAAUCAGAUUGUAAUUAUAUCUGGGACUCCCGAUGAAACCCAGGCAGCUCAGAGCCUCCUCCAAGCAUUCAUACUUACCGGGCCAUCAUGACAAGAAUUGAAUCACAACGAUAGAUUGUUUUCAUUCAAAAUUUCACCAAGGAAAAUACAGCCACUAAUGAUCCAUAGUUUAGUUGAUAUUCUUGUCAUUCCAACGACUGUGUAUGAAAGUUACUGUGUUUUAAACCCCCUGUUUAUGCCAAUCCCAUCAAUUUUGUCAUCCCAGAUUUGAUGGGUAAACCUGUUGCUUUGAAGCAGGUGCUAAUAUUUAAACUUUCUGAUACUGUGGAGGUGCUAGUAUGAAUUGCAUAUGGUUAAGAGGAUGAACAGAACCCUGUAAUGUGUCUGGCUGGCAUUGGUCACACCAGAAGCCCAUAAUUCUGCAUGUCAAAAGUAAUAUAUAGAUGAGAAUAUAGCACCAAUGCCAUUGCUGUCUAGUCUCCUCAUUGAUCGAU